GUUGCGGCAAUGCGUUUUAGCCUAUGGCAGCAGCUGGCUUGCGACCAAUAUUCAUUUGCCGCGAAUGCCGUCUUCCGUUGACGUGAUCGCAGACAGUGACAGUGAUGUGGCCGAAGUCGUGGACGUCGUUGAGAGUGAUGGUGGGGAUGAAGUUGCAGAAGUAAACCUUCCAGCUGGUGCUCCACCUUUGAGUUUCCAUGGCUACCGCCGCGGCCGUGAACUUGGCCAAGGAGGUUCCAGCCAAGUUUUUGUUUGCAGCAAAGCUGGAAGCCAAGUUGGGUUUGCUGCAAAAGCUGUGAAUCUUCGGCGGCUACAAAUGAGCCCAGACGUGGAGAGGGAGUGGAAAAAACUAUGUCGCGAGGUUGAAAUUUGGAAGCAAUUGCCUGCACAUCCAAACAUCGUCCAGCUAAUUGAUUCCUUCCAAGAAGGAGGCUGGUUCUUAAUGGUCUUGGAGCUUGUGGGAGGAGGCGAUCUCUUUACAGUACUCACAUCGCGGCCAAAUUCGCGCUUCCUGGAUCGGGAAGCAGCCUUUGUUGGCAACCAGUUGGUUCAAGGCCUUUCCUUUCUCCAUGGUCGAGGUGUUGUCCACCGAGAUGUGAAGCUGGAGAAUGUGCUCGUGGCUUCGCAAAAGCGGGCGUAUGCGAGUGGCCCGUUGCUCUACAGCGUCAAGAUCACCGAUUUCGGUUUGUCUCGAUUGCUGGAUCCAGCUUCGUAUGCUCAGUCCACGGUGGGGACUCAGCCAUAUUGUGCACCAGAAGUUCUCAGAAAAGGAUCAUACAAUUUCAGUGCGGAUGUUUGGUGCCUUGGGGUUCUCCUGUUUGUGCUGCUCUCCGGGCAUUUUCCCUUCAGCAUUUUGCCUGUGGAGCAGAGCGACAUGGACCGAAUCAUCGAGAGCUCGGUUGGUCGCGGGGCCAAGGGAGUUCUCAUCGGCUUGCUCCAACUUCAGCCAGAAUUGAGAAGCACUCUGUCGGAGCUUUUACAUCACAAAUGGUUCCAGGAGGACGAGUGGGAAGCUAUCAACCCAUUGAAGCGGCACCGCACACUGUCAACCAGUGAUGUGGCUGUAACACAGUCCGGCAUUUCCAAUGUGGAAGCAAUUCCACCAGCCAAUGCUCAGCUCGAAGAAUGCAAGGCAUCAUCCCCUGUGUUUGAAGAAGUGGAGGAGAAUUCACCUUUCCCAGGAUCACCGUUUCCCUGCGAUUCUCCAUUGCAUUGCCCAUCUCCAUUUGAUGACGGAAUAGCGUCACCUGGAGUUUGGACACCAUUUGCCGUGGAGGCAACAUUGAAGCUCAGCGAUGUUCAACCACCUGUUGACCUGCAACCAGACUACAUGCAGGUUCAUCUUGUAAUUCCAGAUCGCUUUGCUGGCUUUAUCUUGGGCAAGAAUGGCCUUCGCAUCCAGAAGACAGCUUCAAAGAGUGGUUGCAAGGUCUGGAUGACAUCCAGAAACGGCUCACAAGAUCGUCGUGUGAUCAUCAUUGGGAACUACAAGCAGUGCAAGGUCGCCGAACAGAUUGUUCACGAGCAGUUGUCGACAGCAAUGCAGGUUGAUUGGCAAGACGCACAAACUGAUAUCAUUCUUUUUGUGCGAUCAGAAGCGGCCGGAAUGGUAACAGGCAAGCAAGGCUUUGUCCUGAAUCAGAUCCGGAAGCAGUCUGGAGCGCAACUCCAGCUGUUGAGAGAUGAGGUGCAGAGCACACGCCCCUGUAUCAUCAGCGGAACGCUGCAGAGCAUAUUGAAAGCUCAGAAGCACAUUUUUGAAUUGGUGGGGGCUGUGCCAGUUGUGCCUCGCUCCACCGCGCCUGAGUCAUCCCAUGUGACGUUCUUAUGAACCCAGCUGUGUUGGUGGAGAACUUUUGAGGACAAGAAAUGUCCGCUCAAUUCCGCACGGAGGCCCGGUUCAUCCUGGUUCUGGACCAGCUGCCUAC